GUUCGUAUCAGUCGGCAGAGAAUUCUUGUGCCAUUCAGAUGCAAAUUGAAAGUGGAACCAAUUAUGGCAUCGGCUAGUAGCAGUGUAAUUGUCCGGAACGCAAAGAAAGAGGAUCUCGGCGCCAUUUUGACCAUGAUACAAGAACUGGCCGAUUUCGAGAAGAUGCCCAGUGGACCGGAACUGACGGUUGAGGAUCUAGCCCGGGACGGAGGUUUCGAGAACGGCGGCCCAGCUGUGUUCCAAAGCAUGGUGCUGGAGCUGACAGAAGAAGAACAACAGCGGCAAAUGGCCAAGACCGAGAAUAAUAAAGAAAAAUUGCCGUCAUCGUCGUCGUCGACCGCUGAACUUUUGACCCGCAAAUUGGUCGGAUACGCGAUUUUCUUCUACUCCUAUUCGACCUGGCAGGGUAAGGCUUUCUUCCUGGAGGACAUCUACGUGAAACCGGAAUACCGACAGUUCGGUUACGGAAGAACGCUCUUCCAGUCGCUGGUCCAGCACGCGCUUCAGAAUGGUUGCUCCCGGUUCGAUUUCCACGUGCUAGCCUGGAACCCGGCUAAGGAAUUUUACCGGCGGAUGGGGGCCGAAAACCUUACCGAAACCGAGGAAUGGCAGUUCUUCCGAUUGAAUCGUGAAAAAAUGAAUCAGCUUUGCCAAAAAGGAUCUCGAUGAAGGACUGAAUAAAAGAUUUUGUA